AUGGCCACCUCACCACCAGGCUCGCCCGCAAACGGCGUGCCGCGGCCCAUGAGCGCGAUGAUUAGGCCGAACCGCAGCUCCAGUCGCAUGAGCGUGAGCAGCAAGCCGGGCGGGAGCAGGGCCUCUGAUGAGGACAGCAGGACGGCCGUCAAAGUUGCUGUACGCGUGCGGCCACCACUGCAACACGGCGAUCCGGGCUACGAGCUCAUCCCACAGCGCUUCCGCAACGCCCUCUGCCAUGUCACAUCGCCCUCCAGCCUGACGAUAGAUGCGCCCGGCGGCAAGAAGGUCUUCGUCUUUGACCGCGUCUUCGGCGAGGACAUUGAGCAGGAAGGCGUCUUCGAAUACGUCGCGGACAGCGUCAACUCCUUCGUCCAGGGCUACAAUGUCUCCAUCCUCGCAUACGGCCAGUCGGGCGCUGGCAAGUCCUACACCAUGGGCACCACCGGCCCCCGCGACCAGGCGGACAACGAUGUCAUGGGUAUCAUCCCCCGCGCUGCGGCGUUGCUUUUCGAGAAACUCGAGGGCACUAGCAAUCGCGUGUCAUCGUCAGGAAUCCGCGUCCCAAGCCGUCUGUCGGGCAUACACAACAUGGCCUCCAAGGCGUCGUCAUCGUCGUCUGCCAAUCGGAACUGGCAGCUCAAGGCGACCUACGUCGAGAUCUACAACGAGCAACUUCGCGAUCUGCUGAUCCCCGAGCACGUGGCUGUCAAUGAGCGGCCACAGGUCAACAUCCGCGAGGAUCGCGAUGGCCGCAUCCUCCUGACGGGACUGACCCAGAUUCCUAUCAACUCGGUCGACGACAUGCUAGGCGCGCUCAACUUCGGCUCCGCAAUCCGGCAAACCGACGCGACGGCCGUCAACGCGAAAUCUUCCCGCUCCCACGCAGUCUUCAGUCUAAACCUAGUCCAGAAGAAGUCGUCACCUGCCGCGCCUACUCCGACACGCGAAAAGCGCCGAUCCGUCCCUAUCGAGAUGAUGUCGGGCUCCUCGAGCGAGAGCUGGGUGACAGUCGACAGCAAGUUGCAUUUUGUGGAUUUGGCGGGAAGCGAAAGGCUGAAGAACACCGGGGCGCAGGGCGAGCGGGCUCGGGAGGGUAUCUCCAUCAAUGCAGGGCUUGCGAGCUUGGGCAAGGUCAUCUCGCAGCUGUCCGCACGUUCCCAUGGCGGCUACGUCUCGUACCGCGACUCUAGGCUCACGCGCCUACUGCAGGACUCGCUUGGCGGCAACGCCAUCACCUACAUGAUUGCUUGUGUCAACCCGGCCGAGUUCCAUUUAAGCGAAACCUUGAACACCGUCCAGUAUGCCCAGCGCGCCCGCGCUAUCCAAGUCAAGCCGCAAAUCCAGCAGAUCCAUGACGACAGUGAUAAGCAGGCUGCCAUCGACCGGCUGCGGGCCGAAGUACAAUUCCUACGGGACCAGAUUCGACUGUCUGAGCGCACGGAUCGAAAGAAAGCAAACCCUCAAGAGAGCCGUGAGCGCCAGGACGAGCGCGAGACUGAGCUCCAGAACCAGUUGCUCGACGUUCAGGAGAACUACAAUGCGCUGAGCGCCCGCCACGCUAAGCUAAUUUCCGAGAUCACCAAAGCCCGCGACAACAACGAGACGGAGACGCCUAUGCUAAAGGAUGCUAUUGGUGACUCUGCGCUUGAGAGACUAAAGCGAUCUAAUUCAUUCGCCGAGGCUGUCGAAUCGGUAGUCUUGGAAUACGAGAAGACGAUCCAGACGCUUGAGUCUUCCCUUUCCAACACACGCUCCUCUCUGUCCAACAACGAGAGUGACCUCCUGGAGAAGGAGACCCGUAUCGCAAUCCUCGAAAGCCAGAACCACCACUUGCAAUCGCGCAUCCAGAAGGCAAUGGAACGGGACGCGAACAACGAAGAGUAUGUCCAGUCGCUCGAGCGCCAGAUCGACAACUCGGCGAAUGGCAUCGAGAAGAACGACACCAUCAUCUCUGAACUGCGCGAGAAGUUGCAAAGGCUUCGUGAGAACGAAACCAGCAGCGAAGAAUACAUCUCCACGUUGGAAGAGCGUCUGGCCGAGAAUGAGCAGGAGACUGAGAUCAUGAGCCGUGAAAUUGAGCGACUCAAGCAUGUCGUUGAGAGGCAACGCAGCGUCGCCAAGUUAGACAACCUGCUUCACGAGCUCGAUGACAAAGAGCAUGCUGUUGAGCCUUACACCAAUGGCCAUUCAAAGACACCUAGCGACCCCUUCAUUGAGAAGCGCCCCAAGCUUGAGAAGCGAGUCACGAGCGAGAGCAUGCACCAAUUUGGCACUCCCGUGGAUGCGAUUCCUGAGGAGGCUGACAGUGAACGUCCACUCACAGCCAGCACCAAACAUGACGGUACGGACGAGCAGAAAGAUCGUUUUGCUGUCAAGGCUGCUUCAGUCGUCGGAGAUGAGCCUUCCAGCCCCGCGCAAGCUCGCUUCGUCAACGACAAGCUCGAUACGGUGACCCAAGAGCUGCUCGACCUGCGCGUGGAGCACGAAGGAACUCUUCAAGAUUACGAGAAGCUGGCCAGCAAGUACCAAGAGGCUUUGCGGACUUUGGCCGCUCUCCAAGACUCAGUGGACGAGGCGCGCCAUCGCGGAAUCACAUCAGUGCCUUCCUCCCGGCCAAGCUCUUUCAUGGCAGAAGCGGGCGUUAAUGGACUCCCAACAGAAGACUUGUCUUCCUCGCGUACAUUGUCUGCGGAACUGGCCUUGGCAGAGGCUUGCAAUACCAGCAUUCCAGAUGAUGAAACAGAGGUUGGCCAAGAUGAGGCCAAGGCUCGACGAGCAUCAGUCGACUCCACAAACCAGGAGCAACACAUUCCUGAGACCGUGUUAGUCCAGGAGCUGAAGGCCCUGAAGCUGCUUCACAACGAGAAGGAGGAGCGCAUCGAGAAGCUUCAACACAGCUACUCUCAGCUGCAAGAAGAACAUCAAGAUACACUCGAUUACGUGGAAGAACUGAAGUCGGAAGUCACAAAGGCCCAGAUGCAGGCGAACCGACCAUCUUCUCCAUCCCUACACAUGAUCCGCCGCAAGUCUAGCCAAGCAGUCCUUGCGAACGAUCGUUCUAACCGCGCAUUCGCCUCGCUCCGUAACAUGGCUUUGGAUACGCUAGACGAGGACCCUGACGGCAUCCAAAACUUCGAGCUCAACCUCAACACCAUCAUGUCCGAGCUCCACCUACGGUCUGAGCGUGUGCAGGACUUGGAGGCAGAAUUGCAGUCUGUACGCAAGGAGAUGGAAGGCAAGAUGACAUUGAUCAGCGGCCUGACAAAAGAGCGCUCCAGCUUGAAAGCCGGGUCUCCUAUGGAUAUCUCCAUCGUCGCUUCAAUGCAGGAUCAGAUGAAGCAGAACGAGGAGCAUAUCAAGGAGUUGAAGAACUCCCACAUCCAGCGCGAGCAGGAGCUCAAAGAACAGAUUGAGUCUCUCAAGGCAUCUGUCAAUCGAUCUGAUGAUCUACUGUCACCUCGUCAGACGCCUGAGGGCAUGCGGACUGUCAACGGUGAGGAGGAACCUGAAGACGAUGCUACCCGCCACACCCACCUCUCUCAGCUUAGCGAUGAGGCAGCCCACUGGCAGUCUAAGCAUCUAGAAGCUAUCGAAGCUACCAAAGCUUCGGAGCAGCGACAUCUCGAGACUGUUCGUGAACUAGAGUCCGCCAAACAACGUCUUGAGGUCGACCAUGCUCUUCGCAUAUCUGAGAUAGAGCAAACCCGAGGCGCUGAGUCUGAGGCUGCUCUAGAACAGGAGAGGGCAAAGCACUCCGAGCUAAUCGCUACUUUGGAAGCAGAGGUCCAUGAGCACAAGUCUACGGCUGUCAGCCAAGCUGCUCGCCUUGCUGAGCUUGAGGCCUCUCACACAAGCAUCCUUCAACAGAUCGAGGAAGACUCUGAAGCUCGAGCGCUCACCGAGAAGGAGCUUGACACUCAUCGAUCCCUUGUAACCAAUUUGGAGAGGCAAAUCGAUGAGCACAAAGCGGCGAUCGAUUACCAUCAGCAGGGUAUGGACUCUAUCCAGAAGUCACAUGCAGCUGAGCUCGAGAAGCUUACAGCGGAGCUUACGACACAUCGAGAGACAACCUCUUCUCUUGAAGCGGAUCUUUCUCAGGCCAAGUCUGAGAUGGCGACGCUCCUUGAGGGCGUUUCGACUGUCCUUGGUGAGGAGACGGAUGUCAGCAACAUUCAGUCUCACAUCGAAGCAUUGGUCCAGGAACGCAAGUCCAUCACAACCAAACUGGAGGAGGCUCAGGCCGAGCUGGAGACCCGCAGGAAGGAGCUUACGGAAGCCAACAACACCAUCAGCACGCUCAAGGGCAACCUGAAGGAGUUCGAGCUCAUCAACGCCGAGACGAUCAAGGAGCUCGAGAAGGUCAGCGAGAAGGAGCACAAGAGCGCCCGACUCGUGCAAGAGCUCGAGGAUCAGCUCAACCAGAACUGGGACCAGCACGAGGCUGCCAACAACCGACUGUCGGCUCUCCAGACCGAGCGCACUCGCGAGCUGCAAGACGCUAUGACCCACGGUGAGGAGCUCGAGAAGGAAGUACAAGAGUCACGCAUCAAGAUCGCGUUAUUAGAGUCACAACUCGUGGACGCGAAGCGCAACUCUAACCGUGCUUCUAUUGAUCCUCGUGAAGACCUUCAACGAUCCAACUCGAACAACUCCACCGCGCGCAAGAGCACAGCACACACAUCUCUGCCCUCACCACCACCCGCCAUUCCUCUCCCACCUCUUCCGCCUGGCAGCCCCCCACCUCAGGCCAGUGCGCCGUCUCCUCCUACUUCGCGCCAUCAGAGCAAAGACAUUGCUCACGCUCAGUUGGUCGAAGACCAGGAGGCUCGCAUCCGUACCAUCGAGAAGCACCUGUUUGCUGAGAAGCAGCUUACAGCUACUCUUGAGGAUGCUCUGACCGACCUCGAGGCUUCAAGCACCAAGACCAAGACUGAUCUGGAUCAGUUCAGGAAGAAGUGCGCCGGCCUAGAGGAAGAGCUGAACAUGAUGCGCAAGGAACGCAGCGCAGCCCGCCACUCUCUUCAAGCCGUGGAAGAGGAGCGCAACGCCCGCCUUCGCGUUGAAGCCGAGCGCGCCCACCUUGAAGCUCGCAUGGCCGCCCUCAACAACGCACAAAAGAAGGGCAAGAAGAAGGGCACUUUGAACUGCUUCUAG